AUGUGAAAUAAUUAAAAUCCCAAAUUCAAACUCUCUUUUUCCCUCUAACGGCUACAUUUUUUCUCUCACUUCUGCUCUUUCUUUCAUACUUUCUCUCCAUCUCUCUCGCUUCCUUGCCCUAACCCCUCCCCUUUCUCUCCUUUUCUUCUCUUUCUCAACAGAAGAAGAAGAAAGCAAUGAAGCACUUCAUGCUACCAAGAAACACGGUCUUGAGGGAGCCGAUGGAGAACCCUUCUUCCCCGAGCCCUACCCCUUCUAAAUCCAAAACCUUAAGAAAACAAAAAUCAUCUAAAGAAAACGCACCGCCUCCGGAUCCUAACUCCCAACCCUCCCCCGCCGCCGUCGCAACCACAAUGGCCAAGAGCAAGAGUCCCUUGCCACCUCGCCCGCCUUCCUCCAACCCUCUCAAACGCAAGCUCUACACGGAAACCCUUCCCGAAAACGCCGUCCCGGGAAUUUCCGAUUCCGGUGUCAAGGUGGUUGUACGGAUGCGGCCACCAAAUAAAGAAGAGGAAGAAGGGGAAAUUAUUGUUCAGAAAGUUACAAGUGAUUCUUUGAGUAUCAACGGACAAACCUUCACAUUUGACUCAGUCGCCAACACGGAUGCAACUCAGCUAGAUAUUUUCCAGCUUGUGGGAGCACCUCUUGUUGAAAAUUGUCUUGCAGGUUUUAACAGUUCCGUAUUUGCCUAUGGGCAGACUGGAAGUGGAAAGACUUAUACGAUUUGGGGUCCAGCCAACGCCUUGUUGGAAGAGAACUUAUCAAGUGAUCAACAAGGCUUAACUCCCCGUGUCUUUGAGCGACUCUUUGCUCGUAUAAAUGAGGAGCAAAUUAAGCAUGCUGAUAAACAACUCAAGUAUCAAUGUCGCUGUUCCUUUCUCGAGAUCUAUAAUGAGCAAAUCACAGAUUUGUUGGAUCCAAAUCAAAGAAAUCUGCAGAUCAGAGAAGAUGUAAAAUCUGGUGUUUAUGUCGAGAAUUUGACAGAGGAGUAUGUAAGUUCAAUGAAGGAUGUGACUCAGCUGUUAAUGAAGGGAUUAUCAAAUAGAAGGACAGGUGCGACUAGUAUCAAUGCUGAAAGUUCCCGCUCACAUAGUGUUUUUACCUGUGUUGUUGAAUCUCGAUGCAAGAGUGUGGCAGACGGUAUAAGUAGCUUUAAAACAAGUCGAAUAAAUCUUGUUGAUCUUGCUGGCUCAGAGCGACAGAAAUUAACUGGUGCUGCAGGGGAGCGCUUAAAGGAGGCAGGGAAUAUUAAUCGUUCACUCUCACAGCUUGGGAACUUGAUAAACAUUCUGGCUGAAAUUUCUCAAACUGGAAAGCAAAGGCAUAUCCCCUACAGAGACUCCAAGUUGACAUUUUUAUUGCAGGAAUCUCUUGGUGGCAAUGCAAAAUUAGCAAUGGUCUGUGCAAUUUCUCCAGCACAAAGCUGUAAGAGUGAAACAUUCAGCACAUUACGAUUUGCUCAGCGUGCAAAGGCAAUCAAGAACAAGGCAGUUGUUAAUGAAGUAAUGCAGGAUGAUGUAAAUUUUCUGCGUGAAGUGAUUCGACAGCUGAAGGAUGAACUCCAUCGAAUGAAAGCUAAUGGCAACAACCAAACUGAUCCAAAUGGAAGUUACUCAACUGGAUGGAAUGCCCGUAGGAGCUUGAAUUUGUUAAAAUUUAGCCUCCAUCAUCCAAGGACAUUACCUCAUGUUGAUGAAGAUGGUGAUGAGGAGAUGGAAAUUGAUGAGGAAGCUGUUGAGAAUCUUUGUGCUCAAGUAGGUCUGCAAUCAGCAGAUGUAUAUCAUCAUUCAAAUGAACUGACCAAACUAGAGCUAAUUGAGUCAGAUAUAGGAAAUACCCCCUCUGAAAAUGGAUGUGUUGGUGAACCAGGGCCUAACACAUCUGAAUGUGUCAAAGCACAAGAUGCUGAGGAUUCUGAUGUGAACAUGGAGGAAGAAAUAUCUGAACAGCCUAAAACCUCUGAAAUUAUGAUUGUUGAUUGUGUUCAACCUGUUACGAACACCCCAAAUGUUUUUACUGGUCAUGAUAGUGUCAAAGAGGAUCCAGGCCAUCUAAUUGUCGAAACAACUGAUGGGGAUUCCUCUGCAAUUCUUAAAUCCCCAACACCAAGUGUCUCACCUAGAGUCAAUCAGAGUAGGAAGAGUCUGAGGACAUCAUCAAUGUUCACUGCUUCGCAAAAAGAUCUUAAGGAUGAUGGCAAGUUACGCUCAGAGGCUAUGCGCGUAUCUUUCACACCAACUGAACAUUUGGCAGCUAGCCUCCAUCGCGGUCUUGAGAUUAUUGAUUGUCACCGUCGGAGUUUAGCAUUGAGGAGGUCAUCAUUCCGUUAUUCAUUAAAACCUGCUGAUCCUAAGCCAAUCCUUGCAGCUCAUAAAGUUGAUGUAGGAGUCCAAACUUUUCCUCAAGAUUAUGAGAUUCAAGAAGAAGAGCAAGUAGUAUUUCUAUGUAGUAACUGUAAGCAGAGAACAAACCUGGAGGGCAAAGAGGACGGUGAAAGCUCAAACCUGCAGUUAGUUCCUGUUGAUGAGUCAGAGUCUAAUGAGAAAACCUUAGUUCCUGCUGAUGAGGUGGAGUCUGCUGAGAAAACCAAGAAGCAAGUCCCCAAAGCAGUGGAGAAGGUUUUGGCUGGAUCUAUCAGGAGAGAAAUGGCACUUGAAGAGUUCUGUGCGAAGCGAGCUUCUGAGAUAAUGCAGUUAAACCGUCUGGUACAACAGUACAAACAUGAGCGAGAGUGCAAUGCCAUUAUAGGGCAGACAAGGGAGGAUAAAAUUCUUCGCCUCGAGAGCCUUAUGGAUGGUGUUUUACCUACUGAGGAAUUCAUGGAAGAAGAGCUAGCCUCCCUCAAGCAUGAGCACAAGCUUCUGAAGGAGAAAUAUGAGAACCAUCCUGAGGUUUUAAGAACAAAGAUUGAGUUGAAACGAGUUCAAGAUGAGCUGGAGCGCUUUAGAAAUUUUCAUGAUUUGGGAGAGAGGGAAGUGUUGUUAGAAGAAAUUCAGGAUUUAAGAAACCAGUUACAGUAUUAUAUAGACUCUUCUUCCACAUCAGCUCGAAGACGAAAUUCUCUACUGCAGUUGACAUAUUCAUGUGAACCCAAUGUGCCUCCACCUCUUAGUGCAAUAACAGAGACAAGUGAGGAGAGUGCUGAAGAGAAAUUUGAACAAGAGAGAAUUCGGUGGACCGAGGCAGAAAGCAAAUGGAUUUCUCUUGCAGAGGAAUUAAGGACUGAACUUGAUGCUAGUAGGUCGUUGGCUGAAAAAAGGAAGCAGGAACUAGAUAUGGAGAAGAAAUGUGCGGAAGAAUUGAAGGAAGCAAUGCAGAUGGCUAUGGAGGGACAUGCAAGAAUGCUAGAACAGUAUGCAGAUCUUGAGGAAAAACAUAUUCAAUUGCUUGCAAGGCAUAGGAAGAUUCAAGAGGGCAUAGAUGAUGUUAAAAAGGCAGCUGCUAGGGCAGGGGUCAGGGGUGCUGAAUCUAAGUUCAUAAAUGCCCUUGCUGCUGAAAUUUCUGCAUUGAAAGUGGAAAGGGAAAAGGAGAGGCGAUAUCUUAGGGAUGAGAAUAAAGGACUCCAGGCUCAAUUGAGGGAUACUGCUGAAGCAGUCCAGGCUGCUGGUGAAUUGCUUGUACGGCUAAAAGAAGCAGAAGAAGCUGUGGCUGAUGCCCAAAAGCAAGCAUUGGAAGCAGAACAAGAAGCUGAGAAAGCUCACAAACAGAUUGACAAAUUAAAGCGAAAACACGAACAUGAGAUUAGCACUCUUAAUGAGCUACUUGCAGAAUCGCGUCUACCUAAAGAAGCAAUACCACCUGCUUAUGAUAAUUUCGACAAUGCCAAGUAUGAUGCAGGUGAGACACACUAUGCCAGCGAUCAGCGAUGGCGAGAAGAAUUUGAACCAUUCUAUAACGGUGAAGAUGGUGAGUUAUCAAAGCUAGCAGAAAACUCGUCAUGGUUCUCUGGAUAUGAUCGUUGCAAUAUAUAGCUCAAGUCCUAACUGCAAAAUAGUGUAUGUAUAACUAAUAGUUUCUGUCAUAUAGCUCCAAAGUCGUAGCUGUUUUUUGUUGUUCAUCUGGGUAUACCAGUUCUUGCCAAUCUAGGGGGACCAGUAUCUUGGUUCCCUUGUUGUUCUUUGUAACCAAAUUCAGAUUCUUUCAUUUCAUAAGAGUUAAAUGAAUGAUUUAUAUUCUUUCUUUUUUCUA